AUGGCGGAGGAGCAGGCCUGCUGCGUGGUCAGCGCCUGCGGCCCGCCCGACGGCCCCGAGGCGGCGGCCGCCGGCCCCUGCAGCUGCAGCGGGGUGGUGCUGAGCCGCAGCCCCGGGCUGGUGCUGUGCCAGGCCGCCGUCUUCGCCCCCUUCCUGCCCGACGGCCCCGCCGCCUGGGCGCGGCCCCGCGCCCUGCCGCCCGACGCCCUCCGGCCCCGCCCGCGCCUCCUCGUGCUGCAGCCCCCGGCCCCCGGCCUCGAGGCCCCGGCGGCGCCGCGGCGGCACGAGGCCCGGCUCCUGGCCCUGGUGCCCUGCGGGGCCUUCCGGCGGGCUCUGGCGCGGGCCUUCGGCCCGGCGGAGCCGUGGCGCUUCGGCGGGGAGGCGGCGGGGGACGAGGCGGCGGCCCUGCACUGGUUCGCCUGGCUGCGGGUGCCCGGCCUCGACCGCCCCGGCGGCGGCUGGACGGCCCGGGCGGAGGCCGGCUGCCUGCGCAAGGGCGAGGGGCUGCUGGCCUGCGGCUCCCCCUUCGGCGCCCUCUGCCCCGACCUCUUCCUCAACACCCUGAGCAGAGGGGUGGUGAGCAACCUGGCCGGGGAGGAGAACGCCCUCAUCCUGACCGACGCGCGCUGCCUGCCCGGCACCGAGGGCGGCGGCGCCUUCCUGCCCUCGCCCGCCGGGCCCCGCUUGGUGGCCGUCAUCGCCGCCUCCUUCUGCUGGAAGGGCGCCGAGUGGGUCGGGCUCACCCUGCUCUGCUCCCUCGCCGCCAUCCUGCGCAGCAGCGCCGGCGUCCUGGACGAAGCCGGGGUCGCGGUGCCGCCGGUGCCGCCGGGCGCGGCGCGGGCGGGAGGCGGGCAGGACCCGCUGGCGUGGGUGGCGUUGGUGGAGUGUGGGGCGGCGUGGGGCUCGGGGGUGCUGCUGGCCCCACGGCUGCUCCUCACCUGCCGGCACGUGGUGGAGGCGGGUGUCCCGCUCCGUGUGACCCCGGCGCCCAGCCCCGGGGCUGCCACCGUCCUCGGGGGGCACGUGGUGUUCGCCACCGAGGAGUCGUCCCCCUUCGACGUGGCGGUGGUGGAGCUGGAGGAGAGCGUGCCGGGUUUCGUCCCCCCGCGCCUGGCGGACACCUUCCUCCCAGGAGAGGAGGUGAGCGUGGUGGGCUUCGGGGCGCUGGGGCGGGCGUGCGGCCCCUCGGUGACGGCGGGGAUCCUCUCGGCCGUGGUGGCGGUGGCCGGGCGCCCCGUCAUGCUGCAGACCACCUGUGCCGUCCACGGGGGCUCCAGCGGUGGCCCCCUCGUCUCCUCCCGCAGCGGACGCCUCCUGGGGAUUGUGGCCAGCAACACGCGGGACACCGGCGCGGGGGCCACCUACCCCCACCUCAACUUCUGCGUCCCCAUCACCGUCCUGCAGCCCCCCAUCGCGCGCUACCGUCGCACCGGCGACCCCAAGGCCUUCGCCACGCUCAACCAGGCGAGCGAGGAGGUGCGGGCAGCAUGGAGGCUCCAGCGGCAGCCGGGACCCCCGCAGGGGCCCCCCAGCAAGCUCUGA